AUGUCUUUAUUUUUCGUAUUUGCUUUCAUUUUUUUCUACUUCACAUUCACUUUCCUCUUUUCUUUCCGUUUAUUCUCCUUCUUUAUCAUCACCAUGUUUUCUUUUUCUUUUUCUUCAUCUCUUAAACGUUCAUCUUGUCUUUCUAUUUUCUUCUUUAUUUUCUUUUUUUAUCACUUUAACUUUCUUCAUCGUCGCUUUUGCUUUCCUCUUUCUUUUACUUUUUUUCACUUCUUCUUUUUCAUUCUUGCUUUUACUUUCCUCUUUCAUUUACUAUUCUUUCUCUUCUUUAUUUUCGUUUUUACUUUCCUCUUUCCUUUAAUAUUCUUUCUCUUCUUCUUCUUCUUCUUCUUCUUUCUUUUUUUCUUCACCGUUGCUUUUACUUUCCUCUUUCCUUUACUAUUCUUUCUCUUCUUUUUUCUCUUCUUCUUCUUCGUCGUCGUCGUCUUCUUCUUCUUCUUCUUCUUCUUCUUCUUCUUCUUCUUUCUCUUCUACUUCAUCGUCGCCUUUACUUUCCUUUACUAUUCUUUCUACUCUUCUUUCUCUUCUUCUUUAUCGUCGCUCUUACUUUCCUCUUUCCUUUACUAUUCUUUCUCUUCUUCUUUCUCUUCUUCUUCUUCUUCAUCGUCGCUUUUACUUUCCUUUUCUGUUCUUUCCUUUCUUCUUCUUUAUGACCGCUUUUAA